AUGCCAGGUUCGAAAGGAUGGUCUUAUUCUUGGUGCAAAGGAGAAAUAUCACGUAAUGCAUUGCAAAGACUCACAACGCCGAGUAAAAAUGCAGACCAUGCACCCAAAACACACCAGCAACGUCAUCUAGGUUCCGCCAAAAGGAGACGAAUAUUUGUUUCUCUUCUGGAAAACGAGGAGUGGGCGGAGGAGGUGGGAGGCAACGGCAAAUGCGGCUGCAACCUGACGGCGCUGGUAAACCUCGUGAGCCUCCGCAUCCCCAGAGGACCUCCAGGACCCCCGGGGAGAGAUGGACGACCCAGCCCUCCAGGACUCUCUGGCAACCCAGGACCCCAGGGCGAGCGAGGGCAGCCAGGGCGCCGAGGGGAGAAGGGCGAGCGAGGGGAAGUAGGAUCUCCAGGCCCCGAAGGAAUCCAAGGUUCCAAGGGGGACCCUGGGAAGGACGGCUUGAUCGGACCCCCCGGCGCCCCAGGACCCGCCGGCCCCCCCGGACCCCCAGGGUGGAUCAGAGGACACGGAGAUUCAAGGACGCCGCAGGUGGAGGGCCUCGAGACCGACGUAAUCUUCGGGGGGAACGCGGGCGAGCCGGGGCCCCCAGGAGCUCAGGGGCCGGCGGGCGACGUGGGCCCCCGAGGACCCCGCGGACACCAGGGCCAGAAGGGCGAGAGGGGCAUGAAGGGGAGCAAAGGCCAGAAGGGAGAGGAGGGACCCCAAGGACCCGUAGGACGUCUGGGGGACAAGGGAACGCGAGGACCCCCUGGCGUUGAUGGACUUCCAGGGACCCCAGGACACAAGGGCCAGAAAGGAGACCAUGGACCCCCCGGCAUAGGACGCAAAGGACCCCCAGGAGUCCCAGGAGAGAAAGGAAGUCCAUUCUACUCAACGGAAUACGUGAGGAACAUCGUGCUGACGUCCCUGCAGCAAUACGUGGACAUCAACCCAGCCAACAGAGAAAACCUGCGAGAGAUCGCCGAGCGCAUCGAAGUGAUCCUCCCGAAGGGCAAGGACGGCAUCCCCGGGGCGCCAGGACCCAGAGGACCUAAGGGCGAGGAGGGACGUAUAGGACCCGUCGGACCCCCAGGACACCCCGGCCACCCAGGACCUAUUGGCGAAUCAGGAGAAGACGGCCCCGCAGGACCCCGAGGCAAUCCAGGACCCAAGGGAGAACCCGGAUCGCCAGGACCUGUUAUCCUGAGCAACGGAACUGUUAUCGAAGUCAAGGGUCAGAAGGGAGACCGCGGUAUGGACGGACAAGCGGGCAAGCGGGGGUCCCCUGGGCUUCCUGGACCCCCUGGCCUCCCCGGACCCCCAGGGCACCAGCUGGCGACAGGACCCUUCGACUCAGCACGUGACACGACCUAUAACUAUGACGUCACAGGAAUCAAGGGAGAUAAGGGAGAGCGAGGACCCCCCGGCCCCCCUGGUCCCCCCGGCCCCGGCGUUGGAGGGAUGGGCAGGGGAGCCACCUACAGCUAUGGUGGCGUCUAUGGUGUUGUGGCCCGCCCACGCCCACGCCCAGGCCAGAGCCGCUUCGACCUCGAAGAAACAUGGGCGGCUCCUCUUCCAUGGGACCCCCCGGCCCCCCUGGACCCCCGGACCACCAGGACCCCCCGGACCCGCAGGACCCGAGGGACCCCCGGCCCCCCGGCAUCACCCGACGGCGGGAGAAGAGGAGUACAUCCCGUGCGCCCAUCGGCCCCCUUCCCAGUUCCCCAAAAGGCUUUAUUCCAGUUCCCAGUUCUCUGUCUCUCUAUCGGCCUCGGGAACUCCUAA